AUGGAAGAGGUCUGGCCUCAAUAUCUCACCCUUCAAGAGGCUUGUGGCAUACUUGACCAGUUUCACGGGCCGGUCUGGAUGCUGGAUAAGCAGGUUCUUUGGACAGGUUUAGGUCAAAAGUACACCCUGGUUGAUUCUUACGCGCGAGAACACGGAAUGCAGACUUUGCGAAUUGCUAUGGGACCUUUGAUGGAUCCGCAAAAUCCUGCCUGUCUCAAAAGUCAGAAGUCAACCAAAGAAUGGGGGAGAUACAUCAGGGGCGCCUCACUCAUCUUCUCGUGGCGUAUAUCACAAGGAGAUGUCGCUACUGUACUGACGCAGCCCCCGCCAACCCGCUUCAAUCCACAUGGACGAACAGCCUACCAGGAAAUUGAGGAGCCCGUUCUCAAGGGCAUUUUUGGAAAUCGACCUAUUGAUCGAAUCCUGGCAGUACAUCCAACAAUCGAGAUCGCUCAAACGUUUCCACCGUAUGAGAUAUUUCCACAAGAUCAACAGGACACCUGGAAGGAUGUUUUCGGGGGUGUCAAAUGCUCCAAGCAUACCUGGAGGGAUGUUGAUAGGAACAUACCUUUACCAAAGUGGGCUAUCACGUCAGCGGCCUAUGGGUUUCUCGGCAACGAAAAUCCUAAGUCUCGCUCUGUCGAAAUAUUUCUCUGCGGGUUUUUGAUUUGCGCUGGCAUAUCCUCCCAGUUGUUUUUGGUCAUCCUGGUAAUCUUCUCCCUUCUGGUGGUUCAAGGCACGGUUGGAAUUCCUUCGAUCUCCACGCAUUUUACUGAAAUCGAAUCCGAGUGUUGUGAUCUCAGACUGGCGAUUCCAUCUACCGAAACAAUCAUCACCAAGGACUUCGACAAAAAGCUCAAAGCUUUGAAGACCAAUAAGAAUAGGUUGGAGGCUCCGGUUUCUCUAGGAGCGGUUUCUCCGAAGGCAGCAGCGGAAGCGGAUCCACCCAAGUUCUCCGACAGGGAAGAAGUAGCAAAGCUGGUCAAUCCUGCGAAGGUACCCAAGACGAAGGAUACUGUCAAGCAAGCUUUAUCAUCUCCGACGGCUCUGGAGGCUCAAUCAUCACUGGUCAAACCCAUUACGCCCCCAUCGAAUCAAUCUAGUGCCCAAAGAAAGGAAGAUGUUAAACCGACUUUAACGAAAUUGUCCAAGGCCAAAGCAGCAGGAGCCACCGAGGUAAUACCCGAAUCGUCAACACAAGGACUGAACGUCCCAACCCCUAAUGAGCCCGGAGCUGAGCCCCACAAGAAGAAGAAGAAGACAAAGAAGAAUAUGGACGGUGGAGAGGACCUGGUUGCAAAAGGGAAACCGAAGAAGUCGCACAAGAAAACGGAAAAGGAGAGUGUCGACUGUAAGGGGAAAGCUAAGUCUCAAGCUCUCCCAGACACCAAUCUGUCUACUGUUACAGAAAAUCCGGUGGCUGAAGGAACCAAGAAGAUCAAGAAGAAGAAUAAGGUAACGCCUACAAAGGUGAAGGGCAUAGCCUUAACAACGAAAAUAUCUUCCAAGGGGAAAGAGGCGGAGAAGAGAAAUGAAAGUGAAAACCAGCCGGGAAAAUCAACCAGACCUCGUACUUCAGCGAAAUGA